UUUGGUUAAUUAAGUCAUAUUUUACCCUAACGGUCGGUAUAAAAGCCGGUCACUUUAUACAUUAUUCAUGAGUGUUAGUGAAUCGUGAAGAGUCUGAAGAACAUCUAAUAUAGCUGAAUUUUGUGAAAUCUUUUGUUUUCAAUACCAAAACACAACGUGAGUGAUUUUUCAUUUGCGAAUUGUUGGACAAACCGAGUAGAGAGAACAAUGAAAAGGCGCCAACCGUCGCUUACAGAUUUUUUCCACAAGAAAAACAAAGUUCCAGAAUCGAACCCACAUGCACAACUGGCAAUUGAUCAAGAUCAAUAUCCAGAACUUGAAGAUGAACGAGAUGAACAUGAGACUGGACGAGACAAUGCUGAGCGGGAUAAUGCUGAACCAGAUGGAGUUCAACUUCAUACAAUUUGUGAUCCUGAAGAGACUCAAGAGAGAUCCACCCCUGAAACUAGCCAAGCAAGCUCCUGUGAUCUCGAUCAAGAAUUGGACAAACCAUCACAACCGAAGCUCCAGAAAUUUCCAAUAAAUACAAACUUUUCAAGCAAAAAAACGAGAUCUUUCAACGCAAACUGGUACAACCGCUUCGACUGGCUAGAGUAUAAUGUUCAAAGCGAUGCAGCAUUUUGCUUUGCUUGUAAAAACUUCUGCUCAAGAAAUUCCGCAGACACCACAUUUACCGUAACUGGCUUUAGAAAGUGGACUAAUGCGCUAGAUAAGGACAAAGGUUUUACGAAACACCAGAAAUCAGAAGUUCACAAAAAUUGCUACGAGAAAUGGAAAGCAAAGGCCCGAAUAUCAGACGGAAUAGAUACAAGUAUACUUGAGAAACUGGUUCCCGAUCAAGCGAAAACAACUCAAAAUAACAGAGAUUACUUUAAACUUCUGUUCCAGUACGUAAUUUGGUUUGCAACGAACGAAAUAGCAUUCCGGGGCCACGACGAGGCAGCUGAUUCGAAAAACCCAGGCAACUGGACAACGUUUAUCAAGAUGCAAUUACAGACCAACAAGGAGUUUCGAAGUCUCCACCAAGCGAUAACAGAAAAAAGGCUUCUUGUUGACUACACCAGUAAAACGUCUCUUAAUGAAAUGCUGUCUGUACUCGCGGUUCAGAUACGGAAAGAGAUAUGCCAUCAGAUCGAAACUGCCGGGUGCUUCAGUGCGCUGAUCGACGAAAGCAAAGACAAAGGCAAGAGGGAAGAGCUUGCUUUCUCUGUUCGUUACUACACCAACAAGGUACAAGAGAGAUUUCUAUCCAUGACUGCACUCACCAAAUUUGAUGCAGAAGCUAUCUCAGCAGUUACGAAAGACCUGAUCUCUGACGUACAGCAGAAAUCCAACGGAUCGCCUAUUAUCAGCCUCGGCGCAGAUGGCGCUAGCGUGAUGUCUGGCUGGUUAGCAGGAGUCGCAGAACUGCUUCGAUCAAGGUAUUUUGAAUGGCUAGUUUACAUCCAUUGUACUGCCCAUCGUUUGAAUUUGGUUGUAGGAGACAUGCUAAAUGCAUCUUUGUCGUCAAUGGAUGUUAUGACCACAAUAAAAUCCUGCCAUACACUGCUUAAUAAACCGAAGAUCAGACAAAAGUACGAAUCACUCCACAGAGAAAUGUAUCCUGGCAAACAAGUUAAACAUAUUGUGCAGCAAAUCGAUGUUCGUUGGGGAUGCAAAUACGAAGCCGUUAAUGUUAUAUCUGAAAGAUUUGAUGUUGUCCUCACGACUCUGAUAGAUGUGGCAAACAACCCCGGUGGAAGUGAUGAAGAUGAUGAGUAUCAGUAUACGAAGUCACAGGCAGAAACAGCAGCUGGACUGUACCACAAACUGAUGUCAGGAAAGUUCAUCGUGGGUCUGACAACACUUCAUAAGUAUCUCGGCAAGCUAUACUUCCUUAAUAAAGAACUUCAGACCGAAAAAAUUGAUUGGACGGACGUUCAAUACGAGCUGACCCGAACUCGGGACUUAAUUAACAACAUUAAAGAUGAGGACAUAUUCAUUGCGUCGAAAGAAAUUUCAAGAAAGACUGGAAAUCCCUUAGCUCUCUGCGACACAAUGCCUAUCCACAACCUUAGAGCUACAACAGUUAUGACUCCCGACGAUCAGGAUCAUCAGGUAAAAGAAUUUAUUGCAGAUCUCAAUGCAGAGCUGAAAAAUAAACUCAACGAUGAGUUCAAUGUCAGAUUUGACUCCAAGAACAUAGACAUCCUUAGAGCUAUCAAUGCUCUUAAUGCAGGUUCAGAUACCUACUUGAACUUAAGUGAGCUAGAUGUGCUACUGAAUACCUUCAGCUGUCUCAACAUUAACAGAUCUAUCCUCGAACUAGAAAUCGAAAGAGCUGAAGUUGAUUAUCGUCUUGGUCUACCAAUAAAUCCAAACAGGCUUCCGAACUUAACCACUUUAAUUGCAGUUAAGAACACCAUCUCGACAUCAACCGCUUCAGUGGAAAGAGCAUUUUCCGGCAUGAAUCGUGUCUGCACGAAGCUACGAUCCACCCUUCUUCCAGAAAGAUUAAGUGAUCUUUUAUGCAUUUCGUUAAACAGAGAUGUUGCUGAUUUACUGGAUUUGGACGAAGUCGUAACAGCAUGGGGAAACAUGCGCAAUAGGAGGGCUAAAGUCUAAGUCAUGAACUGACUAACUACUAACUAGUCUAACUGCAUGUAUAUAAUGUAUAAUGUACUUAUUGCUAACCUGAGAAUUGAGAACUUGAACAUCUGCACAAAUUUGAAAUAUUGCAAAGAAGUAUUGUACAGCAAUACAACUAGAAUUUAUAAUUUUUAUAUAUUA